GCAGACUCAGCCCGCCUGUAUAAUUUGGGAUGUCUAAUUGCUCUUUCGGGAUAUUUCAGAAGAGGAGUUCAGAGGAGAGAGCUGUUCCGCACUCAGCCACUGUGUAAUUUUAUCCACGCCGCAGUCUCUCACUUCACACAGGGCUGAUACCUUUUGCCUCCCCCUUUCCUUUGUAUCAAUUGGUCGGAGUUCAGCCUAUUGUCGCCACAACCGUCUUUUAUAUCUGCGCUCAGUCUGAGCAGAAGCUCUCAGUCAGACCUGCAGGAGGGAUUCCCAGCAGCAGCAGCAGCAGGAUCCCACCUCGGGGGCGGCCGUUUAGUCUCUCUCGGGCUCGGAUGUGCGCAAGGCUGGAGCUCUCGAGCGUUGGGGCCCCGGCACUUUAAUGGGAUCUCGAGAACCGGGCAGUAGUUCUUUGUUUUUUCGCCACAAUCGUCGCACCCCGACCAUGCCACAAUGCUGAUGAUACCUCUGCUGGUGUUGCUGAGCCUGUUGGAUCCCGUUAGUCCCCGGGCCCGCUGCGCCCCGGGCCAGGCUUGCGACCCCCGGCAACGGAGGGACGCCGGGGGCCGCGGAGGAGUUUAUGAACACCUCGGAGGAGCGCCGAGACGCAGAAAACUCUACUGCGCUACUAAAUAUCAUUUACAAAUCCAUCCUAAUGGGAAGAUAGAUGGAUCAUUGGAGGAAAACAACCCGUUCAGCAUCAUGGAAAUCACAGCAGUGGAUGUGGGUGUUGUGGCCAUAAAAGGGCUUUUCUCUGGCAGAUAUCUGGCCAUGAAUGAUAAAGGCCGGCUUUAUGCCUCGGAAGUGUUCAACAGAGAGUGUGAGUUUGUGGAGCGGAUCCAUGAGUUGGGGUACAACACCUACGCGUCCCGGCACCACUCCACCGAGCAGCCGCUGCCACAGGGGGGCGGCGGCGGCAGCAAGCGCCGAGCCAGCGCCAAGCGCCAGUGGUACGUUUCCAUUAACGGCAAAGGCCGGCCACGGCGAGGCUUUAAAACCCGAAGCACGGACAAAGCCUCACUUUUCCUUCCUCGGGUGCUGGGCAACAAGGACCAUGAGAUGGUGAGGCGGCUGAGGGACAGUCAGAGCGCACACCACCACACACAUCACCACGGCAGCCGCGGUGACCGCCGGAGACGCCGGCACCGUGCCAGGAAGGGCCGGGGCCGACGGCCAGAUGACUGAGCGGACUUUAGACCCCGUGGCCCUGUGACUCAUCCAAACAGGGACCCCUGAUCUCGGCACACACUGUAGUUUGAUUGCAAUGGAGGACGUGGAAAAACAGUUUGGAUCCUGCCUUCUGGAUUAGCGGAAGUUUUGGUUGUUGAUGCACAGAGAAAACAAAAUCCGUAGAAGGAGAAGGAAAUACAGAGGGCCACCCCAGGGGUUGGGCACAUGUAUCCAAUCAGGAGCCUUUGACUCACACACACAUAGCUGUAUAAUCUUCUAUUUACUGACACGUCUGACUUCUUCAAAAUGCUACUGUCUUGUAAACAAAUGUAUUAAUAUUGUAGAAAACUGCCAUCUUACUCUGUAAAAAGUUCUGCUUUCAUCAUUUUACCAUCAGCUUCACACGGAGCAAAAGAAAGUGGUUCUGUUAUUGUAAAUACAGUAUGCACUAUGCAUGUACAGUGACUUCAUAGCUUUUCAUUUGUCAAAAGCUGGAAUGACAAACACGAUAUAAUAUUUUGCUAUUUUGAAGUGCUAACAACACGACGGAUAUUGAGGAGAGGACUUUACACAGCAAAGCACUUUUUGUCAGAUUCACAUUAAGAAGCAAAGGGACACGCAGUGUGAGACGGAUCCGGUGUAUUUUUCUGUGACAUUCUUACAAUGUGAUAGUCUACUGUCUGUAAACUGAAAGAUGUACUUUGUAUAUUGUACUAAUGAUACGAAUAUUUAUUUGGUGCCUGUGUUGUAAGUUAUUGAUAAGACUAUUUCUGCAUUUUACCAAUGUUGCUGUUUGUUUUCACUCACCACCUGGUUCCAACAUAAAACACAAUGGUACUGACCCAAGGAAAGAA